CUUUUGUAUGCAGCCUCAGAGGUAAAAUCUGACCCCUGAGUUUUUAUCAGCUUUUUUUCUCGUCAGCUGGGCAGUCAGGAAACUGCUGUUAUCGUCUGCAGAGGAAGCCAUUUGCUGCCGUUAAUCCUUCUUCAGUAUGAAGAACAACUCUCCACAGAACUGAAAAGAGAACUCAUCACAUGAUGAGGAAUUCCACUCAGUUUCUCUUCUCUCUGCUGUGACUCGCGGCUGCUGAGGAUGGACGCUCGGAUCUUCACCCUGCACGUCCUGACGCUCUGCUGCCUCAUCCACGGCUCUCUGCAGGGUGCGUAUCAGCGACGUCUCUACAAGGAGCUGAUGAGGAACUACAACCCGUUAGAGCGACCGGUCAACAACGACUCCCACAGCCUCACCGUCCACUUCAGCUUCAGCCUGCUGCAGAUCAUGGACGUGGAUGAGAAGAACCAAGUCCUGACGACCAACAUCUGGCUGCAGCUGUACUGGACAGAUUUCUACCUGCAGUGGAACACGUCAGACUAUCCAGGUGUGACCAACGUCAGGUUCCCCGACAACCAGAUCUGGAGGCCCGACAUCCUCCUGUACAACAGUGCUGAUGAAAGGUUCGAUGCCUCCUUCCACACCAACAUCCUGGUCAACUCCACCGGCUACUGUCAGUACCUGCCACCAGGAAUAUUUAAGAGCACCUGUUACAUCGACGUCCGCUGGUUUCCGUUCGACGUGCAGCGCUGCGACCUGAAGUUCGGCUCCUGGACGUACGGCGGCUGGUCUCUGGACCUGCAGAUGAUCGAGGCCGACAUCACCGGAUACAUCGCCAACGGAGAGUGGGACCUCGUGGAGGUUCCUGGGCGGAGGAACGAGCGUUUCUACGACUGCUGUAAGGAGCCGUAUCCUGACGUGACCUUCACCGUGGUGAUGAGGAGGAGGACGCUCUACUACGGACUCAACCUCCUCAUCCCCUGCGUCCUCAUCUCCACCCUCGCCCUCCUCGUCUUCCUGCUGCCCGCCGACUCCGGAGAGAAGAUCUCCCUCGGCAUCACGGUGCUGCUCUCUCUGACCGUCUUCAUGCUGCUGGUGGCUGAGAUCAUGCCGGCAACGUCCGACUCUGUUCCUCUGAUAGCUCAGUACUUUGCGACCACCAUGGUGAUCGUGGGUCUGUCAGUCAUCGCUACAGUCCUGGUUCUGCAGUAUCAUCACCACGACCCUGAUGGAGGACACAUGCCACGAUGGACCCGUGUGGUUUUGUUGAACUGGUGCGCCUGGUUCCUGAGGAUGCGGCGUCCUGGCGAGGCGAAGGUCCGUCUGGCGUGUCACAACGCCACCAAGCGUCGUCGCGGCAGCCUGUCCAGCCUGGAGCUCAGCGUCAGCCAGGGGUCGCUGCGACAUCACCCGCAGGUAACCAACGGCAACCUCCUCUACGUCGGCUUCCGAGGCGUGGAGGGGUUGCACUACGCCUCGCCCACCGAGCCCGAGCUGCUCUGUUCGCGCCUGGUGGGCGGCGGCAGCGUCGGUGGGGAGGAGGACGUGCUGAGAGCUGGGGGCGGGGCUGGAGGCAGAGGAGGAGGAGGAGGUGGUGGAGGAGCGGUGGUUGGGGGCUCGAUGCUGGAGGCAGAGCUGAACCAGAUCCUGGAGGAGGUGAGAUACAUCGCAAGGCGUUUCCGAGGCCAGGACGAGGAGGAGACGGUCUGCAGCGAGUGGAAGUUUGCCGCAGCGGUGAUCGACCGGUUGUGUCUGGUGGCGUUCUCGCUCUUCACCAUCCUCUGCACCAUCGGCAUCCUCAUGUCGGCUCCCAACUUCGUGGAGGCCAUUUCCAAAGACUUCUUCAGCUGAGGAGGAAGAGCGCUGACCCACGUACCUGCUGUCUAUAUUUUUAUUUGUGUCGACAAACCAACGUGUUCGUCCGUCUGUCGGCACUUUCUGAUUUCAGUCCAUUAUCAAUGGAAUGCGUUUGUUGGGGUUUCCAGCUGCAAAUAAAUCCUCACUUCGUGCUGUAGUGAGGGCUACUGCAGCUGUAGUCCUUCGUAUCUGCAGCAAAUUACAAUGAAUUCCAUUAAUGACCCACUUUAACCAUGAAAAUAAUUAGCAUCAUGCUCCGUAGACUCAUUGUGCUCCAUAUUCCUGCAAAAAUAUGGGUCAAUUCAAGAGUCUGUUUGUUGCCAGCUUGGUCAGCUGUUGGAAAAACAAUAGAGUGAAUCAGAGAAAUAAAUAAUUCAACAUUUUGGGAAAUAAAUUUACUUUCUUGCUGAGAGUUAGAUGAAAAGAUCAGUACUCAUAUCUGUGUGAAGUAUGGAACUGGAUGAUUAUCUUAGCUUAGCGUAGCACAAACAAAAAAAAGAAAUGUAAAAAAUGAUCAUUUGUGGUUUUAGGGACUAAUGUUGUGUUUAUUUUUUGACAAGCUGUUGUUUCUAGAAGUUGUGUGUAUGUACAGAUGUAUUAACAAGACGUAGAAGUGUUAGUAGAUGUAUUUUUGAACUAGCUAGUUUCGAGUCUUUGUGCUAAGCUAAGCUAACUGCCCAUUGACACCAGCUCUGGACUUCUAAGACACAUAUAUGAGUGUGGUAUCAAAUUUCUCAGCUCACACUCAGGAAGAAAAUGAGCAUACUCUCCCAAACAUGUCUGACUGUUUGCCACAGUUAGCUGCAAUAUAACAACUGAAAAGUAGCCACAAAAUUGGUGACAAGUGUGGCUGGGAUCAACGCAGCCUGACAGAAGUAACUCUUAAACCCACAUAUUUCUCUGAUUGUUGUGAAAAAUGUUAAGUUACUGCUCCUGGCGACCACAACUGCUGCUUCAGUUGUAGUUUCUGACGUUUCUAUGAACUGGAGGUUUACUGUACUUUAGAGCCAUUCUCUGAGGCUGCAAGUGGUGACUGUGCAUGUGCGUUUUUAGGUGAAUUAUCUCUUUAAAGGAGAUUCCCAGAAGAUGUAACAGAAUUGGAGCUGUCAACAGCUUCUCAUGGUCUUCACACAACAAACAGAGCUGGCCCAGGCUGUCAUCAGGUGAACUUCAGACGUGCUGUCUCUGUUAAAGAAUCGUCUUUUCGUCCAGUUUGGUCAUCAUCACAGAUUACUGAGCUCUCUCUGCUUCUCCCUCAGAAGCUGCAUGAAAAACUACUUUGGAAAAUGACUGAAAACAAACUUAAGGAGUUCGUCUGUUGACACCAGAAAUGUCCUUUAAUCGCUUCAGGUCAGUAGAUAACGAACAUACUGUCAUGAACUUUGUAGAGUGUCAUUUAAACUAUUUAAUAUCGGAGCAGCUGCAUUCAGUUAGAUAGUAAAUCCAUACAGCAACAUUCACUCCUAAAAGAAUAUUUGAAAAGAACAGUUUUAAUUAUCCAAUAUUAAAGUGCAGGAUUAAUCAGCAAUAAAAUAAAAUGACCUAAAGUUAAGAGUUUUUUGCAACAAUACUUCCAUCCUGCUGCAGAGAAAAUAUUCUGAAUAUUUGAACAAUAUGCAAAUAUGCUUUUUAAUCAGCAGUUGUAGAUUAAUAUGAAUUAAUAAUCACAGACAGAAAUAUUCAGUUGUUCUAAAAUGGAUUUUCUUGUAAAGUAGAUAUUUUUACACUUUAGAUGAGCGCUGUUUGAAAGUCUCAGCUCUUCAACCAGUUAUAGCUCUCCACAUCUUUUUCCUGUUUAAUAUAGAAUAGCUAAUGUUUGAUGUAAAUUUACUACAAAAGCCCCUGACCCCAAAGACGAACCGCAGCGUUUCUGUAUUUAUCACAUUUAUUUAUGUGACUGUGUGAAGUCUGACCAGGUUGAGACCUGAAUGAUUGUGGUUCAUCAGUUCACGGUGACGGUGUUUGUCCUGGUGAAACAGUCAGUCUGACUGUUCACUCUGCUGUUUGUAAAUAAAUGUAUUUUCUUAUA